AAGCAAGAGCGACGUGCGGUGACGCAUGCCUUGAAAGCCUUUAAUCUCAGCACUCUGGAGGCAGAGGGAUCUCUGAGUUCAAGACCAGCCUGGUCUACAGAGAGCCAAGGCAAGCCAAGCCAAGGUUACACAGAAACCUGGCUCAAAAAACAAACCAGUGAUUGUAGCCAGGUGUGUGUGGUGCUGCAGGCUUUUAAUCUCAGCACUCAGGGAGGCAGAGGCAGGGGGAAUUCUGUGAGUUUGAGGCCACCCUAGUCAACAGAGUGAGUUUCUAGGACAGCCAAAGCUACACAGCUUUGAAAAACAAAAGACAAACGAGGUGAUGUGCCUUUUACAGCUGCCAGUCCAGCCAGCACCCGAAGCCACGGAGGCUGAGGGUAGGCUCACCACCGUCAGCCCCUGGGUCCAAGCAGACAGCACAGGCUGGGCUUGAGCUCAAGGUAGAGUCUCGGCAUGUUUGUUUUCAAAGGGAAGAGCCAGAGGCAGCCCCAACGGAGGAGGGCCUGCCUCUAAGCCUUGGCGGGACUUCUGACAGAAGUUCUGAGAGGGCGGGCUGAAGGAGAGUUGGCGCUGCUGGGCCGCUGUGUACCCAUCACCUGGGAACAGAGUGGCCAUGCUCUUCCAUUGGUCUCCUGGAGCCCAGGGCUGACCCCUGUUCCCAGGGCCCUUCCAGCCAGAACUACCGUUCUGCCCCAUCUCCCUUGCUCUAGGAUGUCGGCCAGGAGGCACCUUCUGGGGACUGAGUUUUCUCUCCUUGGCCUUUCCGGCUGCCCAGCACUGAGCCCCUUGCCCAGUCAAUGUCCCAAUCGCAGCCUUUCAGCCUCAGCCUGCCAAAUGCUGCAAUGACAGGUGCCGGCCACCAAGACCGUUUCAUUACCGUAAAGAGACUAAUUAUAUCAUCUGCCAUUUCUAUUGAAGUAAACCAUCGAAGACAGAAGAGAGCCAGCAGCCUUUAUGUGCAGCCUGGCUCCCCACGAUGGUCCUCUGCCCGCAGGUCGGCCCCACCUGCAUCUCCCUGAGUUUUACUUCGGAGAAUGCAGGGCACUCUGCUCGUAGUUCUCCCUUAACAGCCUUCUCUUCACACAUCAAAUGCCCUCCCAGCAACCUCCUCCUCUGGGAACCCGGCCUGGGUCUCUUCACCGAGAUGAGCUCGGUCCCCCUUUCUGCUCCUUCCCUUUGGAGCUGGUUCAGGUUAUCUAAAACAACGACCAAAAAAAUCUUGGCACCCACAAAAUGUGGCCCCUUUCUCCCUUCCGUGCAGACAUUGCGGACAGUCCACCUUUUUGGCCUAGCUCCAACGGUGGAAAGUUUCCGCUAGGAGGAGGCCGCUUGUUUUGGAAAGUUCUGGGGUCGCCUCCCCCGCCUGCAGCCGGGUUCCCACGUUCCUUAUCGCUGUGCCUGCCCAGGGGGAGGCCACGCAGGCAUGGCCAUCCUGUCCCCUCCCCUCGGCCAGGCCGUGCUGGCCAGUGCUCCAGGCUGGGGGGUUGGGAGCUGGCGGGGCCUGCAGGCGCGCAGCGCAGCUUCCAGGUCCUGGGCCCCCGCAAAGGCCCCUCAACCAGCUACGCCCCGCCCUCCCGGCGGUGGCCGGCGCUCAUUGGCUGCCACGUGACGGUACAAGGAUGCCCAGCGAGCCAAUGCGCACGCCUCUUCCGGCCACCUGGGGCCGGAGCACCUCGAACCUAGGCUGUAAGCCACGCCCAUCGUGGGCGUGGUCUGGGCGUGGCCUCAGCGCUUUUCUCUCCUGCCCGCGCGCCCUGUGGUCCGCGCUGUUACCCACCGCCGUCUGAGCUGACGCCAAGCCGCUCGCCACGAUGGAGCCCGCCGCGGAGAUCCUGGUGGAAAGCCCGGACGUGGUCUACAGCCCCGAGGCCAUCGAGUCGCGCUAUGAGUACCGGACCACUCGCGUCAGCCGCGAGGGCGCCGUGCUGCGGGUGCAGCCCACGACUACUCGCUUCACCUUCCGCACCGCCCGGCAGGUGCCCCGGCUCGGGGUCAUGCUGGUAGGCUGGGGCGGGAACAACGGCUCCACGCUCACAGCGGCGGUACUGGCCAACCGGCUGCGCCUGACCUGGCCCACGCGCACCGGUCGCAAGGAGGCAAACUAUUACGGCUCGUUGACCCAGGCGGGCACCGUGAACCUGGGUCUGGAUGGGAACGGCCGGGAAGUGUUUGUGCCCUUCACCACGCUGCUGCCCAUGGUGGCCCCCAACGACCUGGUGUUUGACGGCUGGGAUAUCUCCUCGCUGAACCUGGCCGAGGCGAUGAGGCGCGCGCAGGUCCUGGACUGCGGCCUGCAGGAGCAGCUCUGGCCCCACAUGGAGAACCUGCGUCCGCGGCCCUCCGUCUACAUUCCCGAGUUCAUCGCCACCAACCAGACCGCGCGUGCGGACAACCUCAUCCCUGGCACACGUGCGCAGCAGUUGGAACAGAUCCGGAAGGACAUUCGAGACUUCCGGUCCAGCGCAGGAUUGGACAAGGUCAUCGUGCUGUGGACGGCCAACACAGAGCGCUUCUGCGAGGUGGUCCCGGGUCGCAAUGACACCGCCGAAAACCUGCUGCGUACCAUCCAGCUUGGCCUAGAGGUGUCACCGUCCACACUCUUUGCCGUGGCCAGCAUCCUAGAGGGCUGCGCCUUCCUCAACGGGUCCCCCCAGAACACACUGGUGCCCGGCGCCCUGGAGCUGGCUUCUCAGCGCCACGUGUUCGUGGGUGGCGACGACUUCAAAACAGGCCAGACAAAGGUCAAGUCUGUCCUGGUAGACUUCCUCAUCGGCUCUGGCCUCAAGACCAUGUCCAUCGUGAGCUACAACCACCUGGGCAACAACGACGGGCAGAACCUGUCCGCCCCGCUGCAGUUCCGCUCCAAGGAGGUGACGAAGAGCAGCGUGGUGGAGGACAUGGUUCAGAGCAACCGUGUGCUCUACGCACCUGGAGAGGAGCCAGACCACUGCGUGGUGAUCAAGUACGUGCCGUACGUGGGGGACAGCAAGCGCGCACUGGAUGAGUACACCUCCGAGCUGAUGCUUGGCGGGACCAACACCCUGGUGCUCCACAACACCUGUGAGGACUCGCUCCUGGCCGCGCCCAUCAUGCUGGACCUCGUGCUGCUCACGGAGCUGUGUCAGCGCGUGAGCUUCUUCACUGACUCGGACCCCGAGCCUCAGGGCUUCCACCCUGUGCUGUCCGUGCUCAGCUUCCUCUUUAAGGCCCCCCUGGUGCCCCCUGGCAGCCCGGUGGUGAAUGCGCUCUUCCGCCAGCGUAGCUGUAUCGAGAACAUUCUCAGGGCCUGUGUGGGCCUCCCGCCCCAGAACCACAUGCUGUUAGAGCACAAGAUGGAGCGCCCAGGCCCGGGCAUCAACCCCGAGAUGGCGGCCACCAACCCACUGCCCAGCAAGAAGGAGGCCACACCUGCUGCCACCAAUGGCUGCACCGGGGAUGCCAACGGGCACACACAGGCGCCGGCAGAGGUGUCCACCGCUUGAACCAGGCGAUCCUUCUAUCUCCACCCCCUUAACCACUCUACUCCGACCUUGCCCAAGAGAACAAUAAAGGGUCCUUGGCA